CGCAUGUCAGCGCAGUAGUCGGGAUAGCUGCGAAUCACGUCAAUCGCCAAACUGUGACUGUCGCAGGUACCGAGGUUCGAUUUUGGUCUUUCCUUAACGGUGACCUAUUGGAUACAGCUACACUUCCGUCUGAUGCUCUUUUUUCUCGAUUUAAUGGUGACAAUGACACGUUGGCUGUGCCACUUACUGAUGGAUCCAUCGUUUUGUUCGAUACUCUCCGCCGCCGAGUAUUCCGACGUUUUGAAAACACAGCCUCCACAUUCUGUGUUGACCUGUAUACAAGCGCUGGUGCCUUCACCAUCACUGACUCGAUCGGUUUGAGCUAUGUCCGAAAAUUACUGCUCUCCAACUCACCUACGGUGCUCGCUAACGCUCACCAAGAGAAACGUUAA